AUGGCCGCAGUGUUGGACCCCCGUCCGAGCGCCAAGUUCUUCUUUGUCGACGGCCCCGGUGGAACUGGUAAAACGAUGCUCUACUCCUGUCUCAUGUCUGUGUUGCGUGGCCUAAACAUGAAUGUACUGGCGGUUGCGUUCACCGGGAUCGCGGCCGGUCUGUUGGACGGCGGAAGGACUGUGCAUUCCACCUUUGGUUUGCCUUUCGGAGUGCUCACGAACGAAUCCACUUCCACAAUCAAAUUGCAGUAUCGUAUGGCGCACAGGAUUUCCGACGCUGCGCUCAUCGUCUGGGACGAGGCACCCAUGUCCCCAGGGUUCCAGUUGACUGUUGUCGAUCGGCUGCUGAAGGACAUCAUGCGGUCGAAUCUUCCUUUUGGUGGUAAGCCUUUUUUGCUAGGUGGUGAUUUCAGGCAGAUUCUUCCGGUCGUCUCCCACGGAAUGAGAAGUGACAUCGUCGGCGCUUGCAUCAAAUCCAACGAGCUGUGGCCCGUCAUGCAAUAG